UGGUUAUGCGAGUGUGUCGUUGUGUUAACGGGGUAUAUCCUUCUGGAGCGGAAGUUUCUUCAACUUCUAAUCGCGAGAGACGGCCCGCCAAACUCCAGCCAAAAACCUGUGGAUUUAACGCGGCCGCUCAGGCUGCAUCACGUCAGUUUGGUUUGCGUUGUCCGGCUGUCAUGGACGUGGACAUCCUGGAGUUCCGGGUUCCUGUGGAGAACAACAAGACUGUGUUCGUGUGGGACAUCCAGCCGGGUCUGACCGAGGCUCAGGUCCAUGCCCAUCUGUUCUCCAUCUACUCGGCCUUUGGGCCCCUCUACCUGCUGAAGGUGACUCCCAACCUCCCCCCGCACCCCGGCUUCUCCGCCCUCCUCAAGUUCUACUCAGCUGCUCAGGCGGCAGAGGCCCAGCGCCGCACCGACGGACGCCGCCUCUUCCAGGACACGCCCCUCAAGGUGAAGCUGAGCUCCAAGCAGACGCCUCACUUCAUGUCCGGCAGGGCCACGCCCCUGAACCACGCCCGCUGCCUGGAACUGGCCAAUCACUGCCUGGGCUUCAGCGGCUGGACGUCCCGCAUCGUCACGCUGAAGGAGCUGGACCACGAGGAGGAGGAGGAGGAGGACCAGGACCAGGUCCAGAGGAGGCUCAGGUUCGGGUGUCUGGUCCAGCUGGACUUCCCUCACCACGGACUGCAGACCAGAGGAGCUGCGGUGGUAGAGGACUGCUUCACCUGCACAGGUCCAGAUGUGGUCCUGCAGAGACGGUGUAGACUCCAGAGGUCGGUGAGGGAGAAAGCUCUGGUCCAGGCCUUCAACAAGGUGCUGCUGGUCCUGCUGGGUGAUGGUAAAGUGAUGGUGGAGCUGAAGCAGAACCCAGACCAGUUUGAAGCUGAUGAGGAAGAACAAGUGCUGCAGGUGAACGCGCUCGUACUGACGGAGUCUGCUGCUGAUGAGGAGGAGGCUGAUGAAGGACACUGGGACCUGACCGUCUCCUAGACUCCUCCCACACACCUGAUAGACUCCUCCCACACCUGCUGGACUCCUCCCACACCUGAUAGACUCUUCCCACACCUGCUGGACUCCUCCCACACCUGCUGGACUCCUCCCACACACCUGCUGGACUCCUCCCACACACCUGCUGGACUCCUCUCACACCUGCUGGACUCCUCCCACACCUGCUGGACUCCUCCCACACCUGCUGGACUCCUCCCACACACCUGCUAGACUCCUCCUCUUCAAUAAUAAUUUAGUAAAUGUCUAUAACUUUAUUUGGUUGAUUUGAAGAUUGGAAUUUUAAAUGUUAUUUUUGAAAUUUUCUGAAAUCAUUAUUUACUUUAAUGACUCCAAUGAAGUAAAAUAUAUAUUAGAAAGAAACACAAAUGGAAAGAACCAGAUUAUGAACAAGGUUACCACCUCCGGCCACAAGGGGGCAGCAGGUUACCACGGUUACUGGCAUUAAUAUCAAUACCAAGAUUGUUGUUAUCUUCAAUGUCAUUGUUAUUUGGUGUUGUUUAUUAUCAUGAUUGUCCUGUUUUAACUGUUAAGGCUCCAGAAUGUGUUUAUACCAUAUCAGUACAUGAACCUGUCACAGUUUGUAGUAAUUAUGGUAGAAUUUGUUACAGUUUGGAUAAAAUAAAUGUGUGU